AUGCAAAUGAACGGAAACACUAAUCGCAAACGAAAGCGCCAAUCCGUGCACAAGGACGUUAACGAAGCGCUUACACAAUGGUUUACGCAAGCAUGUGCUCAUGGAGCGACCGUCACCGAUCACGUCAUCAGGCAGAAAGCAUCACAACUGGCUGUAAAUCUUGAAGUUGAUUUUGAAUCGAGCAAUGGCUGGCUCAUGCGCUGGAAGCAGGCCAAUAACGUUUCGUUCAAAAAAUUUCACGGCGAAUCAACGUCAGCAGAUCACGGUUCUGCCAACGAAUGGGUGACAAACGUUUGCCGCAACUUUUUCGUGGAUAUGAUCCAAAAGAUGUUUGGAACUGAGAUGAAACGGAAUUUUCUACAGCCAUGCCGUCUGGAUCUUUGCGAUUUGCCGGCGACGAACAGUCAAAUGCGACAAAAGUUCCCAAAGACAGACUCACGAUGCUUCAGUUCACAAACAUGGACAGCAGUGAAAAGCGUUGUAGUUGUUGGUAAGUCGGCAAAACCACGCUGCUUUUAA